AUGACGCAGCCCGCCGAAGCGCCUCGACGCAAGCGCAAGAGCAGGUUCAGCGACGCUCCCGCGACUCCUGCAGCGCCACGAGCCACAUCAAGUGAUGCAGAAACAGGAUCGAACGUUGCAGUGGACCCGUCGUCCCUGGCUCGCGCAGCAGCAGCCAAGAUCGCGCGUGCGAUCCCGGGGUCCACAGCAAGUGUACCCAUGUCAGCAACUAUGUUGCGCACUACGACAGCGCCGUCCGACCCGGAUGAACUUCGACGCUUUGAGCAGGAGAAGCGGCGGCGCACGGACCAGAUCUACAAGUCGGUACAGAGCCAGAUGAGCCACAUCAAGGCGCUGUUGCGGAAGCCCGGGGCGUCUACCGCUGGAGCAGUAGCAGCUGCACCUGGCGAUGUGCAGCGCGGAGCAGCGAGUGGCGGUGUGUUCAUGCCAGCUCCGCUUCUAUUGGACGAACACGGGCGGGAGGUCGAUGCAGCGGGGAACGUGGUUGCCGACAAGCCGACUGUGGCAUCGGUCGCAAUGCUGAAGGCGAAUCAGAAAGGAGCAAAAAGGACCGACGGUGCAAAGACGAAGAAUCAGAAUCCGUACUUGUCGCACCGCACGGUCGAUGACAAGGACAAGAUGGAGACCGUGGACCCGAGGCUCAAGACCACGAAGCGAGAGACGCGUGCUCGGAAGACGUUUCAUUUUGUGACAGAAGGGACGUUUGUAAGGCAAGCAGAACAAGUGCGUGCGCGGGAUGCUAGGAAGAUGAUGGCUGGAUUUACGUCUGGCCGCAACCCGCGUGGAUACCAGAAGGAAUCGAUCGUUCCUAUUGACGACGAAGGAGGAGACGAGGUGAAAGGAGAUGCUGACACCACUAGCAGAGUCGAGAUUGACAGCGUGGAUGUUCCACCCCAGCCAGAGUCGUCUACACCUGACGUAGAGUGGUGGGACGUGGAAUACCUUCCGAAAGAUAAGCGCGUGUUAGUGGACAAGUUUGGUUUCAUCACCGCUCACGUCCGUAAGGAAAACCCGGACGUGACGGUGUCAUACUCGGACAUGAAACUCAAGUAUUGCGGAACGGCGCAUGUUAUCGAGCAUCCUGUGCGACUGAACCUGAUUAUGAAGCGCGACGACGCACCCGUGGCUGUUCCGCUUAUGCUCACGGCUGCGGAGCGCAAGAAAAUUCGUCGUCAGAACCGCGCUGAUCGCGAGAAAGAUAAGCAGGAUAAAAGAGCUCUAGGGUUGCUGCCGCCACCCGAGCCAAAGGUGAAGCUGUCAAACAUGAUGCGCGUGCUGUCGGAGCAAGCUGUGGCAGACCCGUCGGCGAUCGAGCGCAAGGUUCGUGAGCAGAUAGCGCAGCGCGAGAAGAAUCACGAAAUGCGCAAUCUUGCGCGAAAGCUUACGCCAGAGGAGCGUCGCGAAAAGAAGCUGCGAAAAAUCAAAGACGAUGCCGCCGGCGAUAUUCAUGUGGCGCUCUUCAAAGUGCCCGAUCUCUCGAACCCGCAACAUCGUUUCAAGGUCGAUGUCAACGCGCAGCAGUAUCACCUCACGGGUGGCGUGCUACUGUGCAAGGAUAGCAACAUCAACAUGGUGGUGGUCGAAGGAGGCAAAAAGGCCAUCAAGCAAUACACGAAGCUGAUGAUGCGACGCAUCGACUGGAACGGGGCUCGCGAGGCCCGGCAGGAGUCAGACAACGAGGACGAGGAUGAGGCCGACCGCGGCAACGGCUGUCUGCUCGUCUGGCAGGGCGUCGUAGCUCGUAAGGCGUUCAACAACUUUCGCUUUCAAGAGUGCCGAACGUCCGCGACGGCACGGAAGGUGAUGGAGGCCAAGAACGUUGUGCACUACUGGGACCUCGUGGAGAAGUCUGCCGAGACCACGGCCAUUGUUUUGUAA